AACACUGGCCGAUACUUCGAUCUGCGAUAAACGAUUAAAUAAAAUUAACAAUAACAAUACAAUAUAAUAGAUACAACAAAUAAAUGCGAUGCUCUGGCUGUAAUGGCAAAUAGCUCCAGCUCCGACGAAAGCUGUAAGGCCCCCGACAACUUCCGCAUCUCGAGCGCCUCCACGACUGGCGAGGACGAGGAGUCCAGCGAUGUCGCAGGAUACACAACGAAGCGCAGGCAAACGGCGAAGGAGGUGUUAAAGGAUGCGAGCGCCAAGGAUGCGGGCGCCACCACGGGAGCAGGCCCCCAUAUGCGGUGCCCACUGUGCCACAGCUGCAGCGCCAGUCGCUUCCACUGUCGCAAUUGCGUCAGAAACGGAAACAUUACUCACAGCCAGGCGGAGAGGCCCGAAAGCCUUACGGAGAAACAGCAGCGCUACAUCAACCUGCAGGCGGGCCUCAAAAGCUUCAGCACGCGCUACGAACGCCUCAUCGAGCAGCACCGCUCCAAUGAGGAUCGCCUGAUGGCCAUCAAGGCCAAGCGAAAGCAGCUGGAGCUUCUCCAGCAACUUAUCUCCGGCACGGACAAGAGACUGCGCGUCCUGGGCGAACGGCGGGAUGAACUGCGUCGUGCCAAUGCCGAGAAGCGGAAGAACCUACCCAAGUACCCGGAAAAGGUCAAGAUGCUCGAGGAUUACGUGCUGGACCGAGUGGAGAAGAUCGAGAAACUAAGAGAGACCCAUUUGGGACUCCUCGACAGCAUCAAGCAGGCUGCGCGACGGAGCAUACAGCAGCUGGUCACCUAUGUAUUUCCCAUAUCCGAGGUUGUGCUCAAGGAGGAGCAACAGCGGCGGGCCAGCGUGGAGCGCAGCGAGGAGGCGGAAACCAUAGCAGCACUGGCCGAUGCCAAGAAUACAUCGUACAUACGCGGUAAAUGGGUCUUCCACGGCAGCGGGAUCAGUGAAGUGCAAUACAGGAUUGUGGGUCCUUCUCUGCCCGCCAAUGGGGACUACACCGCCUACCUGGACUGGCUGGCGGACAACAAGGAUGAUGUGCCGAAGGCCACAGCCAACGAGAUUACGCCGAGUCGGUUCGAAGCCUACCGUAUUGUGGGCGGUCUAACAUACACGGCGCAGCUGACACAGUUGCUCAGCUUCUACCUGAACGUGCGGCUGCCGCACAAGAUCGCCUACGGGGACUUCUGCCGUAAGCUGCUGAACGAGGAGCAGUUCCGGCGCAAGAUUUCGCGGCUCAACUCGAACAUUAUGUAUCUGGCCUACACGCAGCAGGUCAAACUGCGCGCGCUCAUCGAGCAGCACACAUUGGAGAACCUACUGGCCAUCCUCGAUCUUGAGCGUAGCGAUCUAGGUCGAUUCGGCCACCUGGAUGUGACUAAUGCGCCGCUGAUGAAGUCCGUGGAUUCCCUGCUAAUCGGCAUUGAAACGGCCACGGAGUCCGAGUCCGAGGAUGAACACUCCUUGCGCAUGGACUGGGAGGCGGUGCCCAGUCUUACCCCGCAGCCGGAACUGGCGGAUCCCAACCUGAUGCCGGCAGCCAACCAGCAGUCCACCAUCGCCUUCGUGCGCAUGGCGGCCACGUCGGUGCUGCGCUGGAUCAAGUGAUUCCAGGACCAACCACCCGCCCGAUAGUCCGGCUAUAUCAUCAUCAGGCACGUGUGUUAUCUUUUACAAAUUAGGCUAAGCUAUUGUUUCUGUGACAGUGCGUCGGAGUUCUCUGGCAGUCGCUGGUUUUAGCGUUAUAUUUUGGUUUACAGAACUAAUUUUGUAUCAACUCUAUAAACAUAUACAUAUAUUCGCUGUGUGUAAAGAAGGA